AUGGAUCGUCAAGCUAGAGGUAGAGAAUGUGGGAGAUCCACUAGACAACACCCCGAGGUUGGUGGUGAUAGGGGACCUGAGGUCAAUCAAGACCAUGGUCAGGAGGGCGUGGCCGGAGACCCAGUGGCCACCGCGAUCAAUAGAAUAACUGAUGUCUUAGAGCGCAUGACUGAGCACCAAGCCCUUAGACCGGCGCAUCACCAAGGAGGCCCAAUCGAUACUGAGGAUCGGGCAUUGGAGAGAUUCUUGAAGUUUGGACCUCCCAAGUUUAAUGGAGGACCUGAACCUGAGGUAGCAGAAGGUUGUUGGGAGAGGAUCCCUGACAUCUUUGCAGCUCUAAAUUAUGCGGAAGAGAGACAAGUGACUUUCGCCACAUUUCAGUUUGAGGGAACUGCUCCCACGGAGCAGAGGCGUAUAAGGAGGUUUGUGCAGGGACUAAACGAGGAGAUCCAAGAGGGAUUAGCUGCAGUUCGGAUGGACAUAUUUGCUGAUGUUGUAGAGAGGGCUCAGAGGGUUGAAAUUGCCAGAGCUCAAGUAAAAUCUUUCCAGGCUAAGAAAAGAUUUGGCCCUAGCAGCAGUCGGGAGUCGACUUAUGCAAAUGCUCCACCGGUCAAAAUGGGUCGAGGAACGGGUGGAGUAAAUAGUCCUGGAGCACCACAAGGUGCUCUAGCGAGAGGAGCUGGGGCAAGAGGUGCCAGGGGAAGAGAUAUCGGAGCUAGAGGAGGACCAAGUGGAAGGAGUCAAAAUAGGAACGCCCCGCAAGGAGGUCGUGUGACAACCCCUCAAGUAACUUGUGGGUUUUGCAGGAAGGCCGGCCAUACUGAGGACGGAUGCUGGAGGAAAGAAGGAAAGUGCUUGAGGUGCGGAAGCAGCGAGCACCAGUUUGCCGGUUGUCCAAAAAACCAAGAAGGUGGUACCCCGAGUGCUAGACAAUCCACUUCUGGAGGAAGUAGGCCGAAAGUUCCUACCAGGGUGUACGCCAUUGACGACCAACCCGUACCUGAAUCCUCGGAAGUCGUGGAAGGUACUCUUCCAAUCUUUCACCGAUUAGUUAGAGUACUAAUUGAUCCUGGCGCAACUCAUUCAUUUGUGAAUCCAACUUUUAUGUACGGAAUUGAUGUAAAAGCUGUUAGAUUACCCUUUGAUCUUGAAGUUAGGACACCCAUGGGUAAUAAAAGCAUAAUCACUAGCCUGGCCUAUAAGAACUGCGAAUUCUGGGUUGGAGAGCGUAAGAUGCUAGUAGAUCUAGUCAGUUUGGACAUAAAAGGCAGGUUAGCAUCAUCUGCUAUGAUUUCGGGAAUUCGGCCAAGGAAAAUGUUGUAUAAAGGAGCGCAAGGUUUCUUAGCUUUCCUGAUUAACGCACCCAGUGAUCAAGUAAAAUUGGAAGAUGUACCAGUGGUAAGGGAAUUUCCAGAUGUGUUUCCCGAAGAAUUAAAAAUAUUACCUCCAGAGAGAGAAGUGGAGUUCAAGAUUGAACUAAUGCCGGGAAUGGCCCCAAUUUCUAAGACUCCGUACCAAAUGGCUCCUGCAGAGCUAAAAGAAUUGAAAAUUCAAUUACAGGAUUUAUUGGAGAGAGGUUUUGUUAGAGAAAGUGAUUCGCCAUGGGGAGCACCUGUUCUAUUUGUUAAGAAAAAGGAUGGAAGUUUGAGGUUAUGUAUUGAUUAUCGAGGAUUAAAUGAAGGUACAAUUAAAAAUAAAUACCCUCUACCACUAAUUGACAGCCUAUUCGACCAGCUGCAAGGAGCAGUAGUUUUCUCCAAGUUGGAUUUGAGGCAAGGGUAUUAUCUGUUGAAAAUUAAGAAGGAAGACAUACCUAAGACUGCUUUUAACCCAAGAUAUGGACAUUUUGAAUUUGCAGUCAUGCCAUUUAGAUUAACCAAUGCACCAACUGCCUUCAUGGACUUAAUGCAGAGAGUCUUUAAAAAGUACUUGGAUCAGUUCGUAGUAGUCUUUAUUGAUGAUAUCCUAGUAUAUUCUAAGACUCGAGAGGAACAUGCUAAACACUUUGAGAUAGUUCUGUAA